GCUCAAUCUUACAGUUGCACACUAAUUUUCGAGUUUUUAGUACAUAGACAGGUAUGAUGACUUACAGUCACCUGAAGCUGUCAGGUAUAGUAUAUUUGAAGUCAAUAUAUCGUAUUACACAUGGUUUGGACCAUAGGAGGUUUGGUGUAGUGCAGUCCAGGCGGCUGUUGCACUGAUCCUGGACAAUUCAGAUGUCAGGAUUUUGAUGACAUGCAGCUGUACUGCGCUACAUGCACACUAGCAAAUCAUGUCCGGUCUCCCACCCAUCGCAUCCAGAAGUGGAACGGCAUGCUCUUGGAGGUUACCCCCUUGAAGACAUUAGGCCUUCGCGUUCAACUUGGGCAUCCUAUCGGUCAACGAUGCAUCCUCCCACAGCAGGCUUUCAAUGAUGGCUUUGUGCUGAUAGACACGAAUGGAAUAGAUGUAGACUUCUGCGGUUGCGAAACACCCCAAACGCAUGUCAAACAACUGCUUCGCCACGGGUGGUUCCCUGCGACAUCAACGGACCCAAGGACAGCAGCAACAUUUCGUCUUUUGCACCAUAAUAACUCACACGACCUGGAGAAUCAAGAUCUGAACCUGAGGCCUGAUUCACAAGGAUGA